UUCCUUCUCACAAUAUUCCUUCACUGCCUUCUUUCAAAUUGCUCUCUUGCUAGGCUAGCCAUCUCUUCUUUUUUAUUUCUCUGCAGGAAAUGGAAUUGCUUGGCUACACCAUUGCAGCCCUUGUGCUGACAAUUUUGAGGACAGUUCAAGGCCAAGGAGCUGAGUGGAUUAAUGCCCAUGCUACCUUCUAUGGAGGGGCUGAUGCAUCUGGGACAAUGGGUGGGGCUUGUGGGUAUGGGAAUCUUUACAGUCAAGGGUAUGGAACAAAUACUGCUGCAUUGAGUACUGCUCUUUUCAACAGCGGGUUGAGCUGUGGAGCCUGCUUUGAGAUCAAAUGUGUAAAUGACAACCAAUGGUGCUUGCCUGGUUCAAUUUUUAUCACUGCUACUAAUUUUUGCCCACCAAAUUAUGCCUUGCCUAAUAAUGCUGGAGGCUGGUGCAACCCUCCUCAGCAUCACUUUGAUCUUUCUCAGCCUGUCUUUCAACACAUUGCUCAGUACAAAGCUGGAAUAAUCCCUGUUCAAUAUAGAAGGGUUCCGUGCAGGAAGACAGGAGGAGUUAGAUUCACAAUUAAUGGGCACUCAUACUUUAACCUAGUGCUUAUAACCAAUGUGGGUGGAGCUGGUGAUGUGGUUAGUGUUUCAAUAAAAGGUUCUAAAACCAACUGGCAAGCCAUGUCAAGGAACUGGGGCCAGAACUGGCAGAGCAACUCAUACCUAAAUGGUCAAGCUCUCUCUUUGAAGGUCACAACAAGCAAUGGGCACACUCUCAUCUGCAACAAUGUGGCUCCUUCCAACUGGGCUUUUGGCCAAACCUUCACUGGAGGCCAAUUCUAAUAGUUUUCUAAACUUGCAUGCCCCAACAAUAAGCUAACCAAAAUCACCCUUAUUUUCCAGAUUAAGCCUAACAGAAAAAUUUUAAUCCUAGUCCUAUUAUAUAAGGUGUUUCAAUGGGGGAAUUUUUCUUUUUUAAAAUGACCCCAUUAGAUAUUUAUAUGUAUGAGUUUGUGUCUGACUUGUAGGUGCAGGUAAUUAAGUGUAUAAGGCAUCUGCUAAGUGGUAAUUGGUGGGUGUGAUUUUGGCAGUGGUGAAAGGAAACUUCUCACCCUCUUGAAAGAGUUGGCUUUUUUUUUUUUUUCGGGCCUAGUCUGUGAAAGAGAUGUCAGAGCAAAUUUUUCCUUUUGCAUUGGCAAUGGUUGAAGUGUAACUAGUUUUUGUGUUAUGUUCUACCAGUGGAAAUAAUUAACUUUUUAUUUGUGGAC